ACUUCACUUGCCCUCCCCCCUCUCCCCUCCCCUCCCAUCCCACUCCCGAAAACCUCACAAAACCCUCGCUCCCCACCAUCCGCCGCCGCCCGCGCCGCCGCCUGCACCACCCGCGACAAGAUGAGUCGGCACCCUGAAGUGAAGUGGGCUCAGAGGAUUGACAAGGUUUACAUCACCGUACAGUUACCUGAUGCAAAGGAUGCUAAGGUCAAUUUGGAGCCAGAUGGUGUCUUCACAUUCUCUGGCAGUGCUGGUACAAACCUGUAUGAAUUGAAAUUAGAUCUGAAUGACAAAGUAAACGUGGAGGCUAGCAAGAUAAGUGUGGGUGUCAGGUCCAUAUUCUGUAUUGUGGAAAAAGCUGAGGCCAAAUGGUGGAAGAAGCUUGUUCGAGAUGAUCAAAGGGCACCUCACUUUGUCAAAGUUGACUGGGACAAAUGGGUGGAUGAAGAUGAUGACGGUGGUGAUGUCAACUUGGAUGGGAUGGACUUCUCGAAUUUUGGCGGUAUGGGCGGCAUGGGUGAUAUGGCUGGUCUUGGCGGCAUGGGUGGUCUGGGCGGUAUGGGCGGUAUGGGCGGUAUGGGUGGCAUGGGUGGUCUGGGCGGUAUGGGUGGUCUGGGUGGCAUGGGUGGUAUGGGAAUGGAUGAGUUUGAGGAUGAGAGUGAUGAUGAAGAGGAAGUGUCAAAGCCGCAAGCUGCGGAGAAGGCUGGUGAGGCCGAGAAGACGGAGGCUGCUGAAGCCAAGACAGAGACGGCUCAGAGCAGUUGAAGAGGCUUCCUGCAUGAUCUAAAAAAGAUUUGUAUCGCAUGUUCUAUGGAUUCUGUCUGAGGAAAACCUUUUACGCUGUGGCACUGGCUGGCAGGUCCGGUUGACUUGUCAUGAAAACUAGCGUUGGUCUUUUGAUUGGGCUUCCGACUUUCGCGCCCAGCAUAUUAUGGAUUUCUAAUAUUGUUUCCGUGAUGCUUUCUUUUUUGCUAAUGUGAGAUUGGUUGUGUUGA